AUGGGUUUGCGGGGUAUUCAGUUGGGUCUGCGCGUAUGGGAGUUCGUAUGGACUCUCCUCAUCAUGUCCCUCAUCGGUAACAUGAUCAACGAGGCCAUCGCCGGCAACCCAAGCUCGAUCAACUACACCAUGUUCGUGUCGGCAUUUUCUAUGUUCACGCUGUUCUAUUUGGUGCCGGCUUCCUUCAGUUCCGACUGGGCCAUCCACCCGAUCAUCAUGAUCAUUGUUGACGUGCUCAACAACAUUUUCUUCUUCUGCGCGGCCAUCGCCCUGGCUGCGAAGCUGGAAGUUCACUCCUGUGGUAACUCGUCGUACACAAGCACCAAUGAGAUCACCAACGGCUCCAACAACCCAUCAAAGCGUUGCCGUGAGGCUCAGGCUAGUACUGCCUUCCUGUGGUUUGGCUGGGCUGGGUACAUGGCCUCGACCAUCAUCUCGGUCUUCAUGUCCCGCUCGGCCAAUGUGAACAUGCGCGGUCGCACUGGCAGUGCCCGCCGCCCUGCCCGACCCAGCAUGGCUCAGGUCUAA